AUGGCUCCGCCUCACAUAGUCGCAGAGAUGCAGAUGAUGAAAGAACGGGUGGACUUCAAGAUGAACGAACUCAAAGGACGGGUGUCUAGCGACCUCGAUGACCUGGUCCAUCGAACUGAUUCACCAUUCACCGUAUCCGUUACGUCGUUUCCCCUUCCACUAAAGUUCCAUAUUCCUCAAGUGGAAAGCUACGACGAAUCUAAGGACCCCCUAGAUCACUUGGAGUCCUUCAAGACUCUAACGCACUGCAAGGAAUGUGGAAAAAUUCCUAGCAAUUUGUCUGGUUGCACCAACCUCGAACUACUUUAUGCCAGUCACAACCUUUUGAUUGGAGAAAUCCCUGCAAAACUUGGCACCUUGUCAAAGCUUCAAAACUUUCUUAUUUUGAAUAAUGAUCUGACAGGAAAUACACUUGGAUUGAACCAUAAUAAACUAAGUGGAAAAGUUCCUUCUUUGGAGAAGCUAAACAGACUUUCAUUUUUUGCCAUUACCAAUAAUAUUGCCAUUGAUGUUGUUAAUGCAUUGGAUUAUCUUCAUCAUAAUUGUCACACAACAAUUGUUCACUGCGAUCUCAAGCCUAGCAAUAUUCUUCUUGAUGAUGAAAUGGUUGCACAUGUAAGCGACUUUGGCUUGGCAAAAUUGCUUUUUGAUGCUACCCAAUAUUCUUCUAUUAACCAUUCAAGCUCUAUCGGAGUAAGAGGAGCAGUUGGUUAUACUCCUCCAGAAUAUGGUGUGGGAAAUGAGGUGUCUACAUAUGGUGACGUCUAUAGUUACGGCAUAUUAUUGCUGGAGAUGUUCAGAGGAAAAAGACCUAUUGAUAACAUUUUUCAAGAUAGUUUUAACCUUUAUGACUUUGUCAAAGCAGUUAUGCCAGAAAAAAUAAUUGACAUUAUAGAUCCUAUCCUUCUUCAAAAAAGAGUAUUGGGGAAGACAACGAUGAAUGACCUUCCUCACAAUGAAGGUCAAAAUGGAAGUCCAAAAAGUCAAGAAUGUUUGAUUUUGAUACUUGGAAUUGGAAUUGCUUGCUCUGUGGAAUUUUCAAGAGACAGGAUGAAAAUGAGUGGUGUUAUCAUUGAGCUUAAUUCAAUUCAACGAAAACUUCUUGCAACUAAUAUACGCAAACAAAAGCUUCAAGCCACAGGGUGUCUGAGGACCAAGGAGGGUUGA